CGCUCCCCUCCUCCCGGUCCCCCCUACAGCUCGUUCGCCAGUUCCGGUCACGUUGCUGGGUGUUUACGCCUGGAGCCCGCCCCGGACCCCCGCUGGGCUCCCCGGACCCCCCUGGAGCCCCGGCUCGACCGCCCCGCAGCCUCACAGCAGCUGAUGGCGCCGCAACCGGGGCGGGCUCUGCGGAACCCCGGGCGCAGCUAGCGCAGGGAAGAGCGCCUCCCCCUACCCAGCCGGGCCGGACCGAGGGCCCCGCUGGCCCGUCGCUCCCUCAGGUCCCGAAGGUAGGGCCCAGGUUUGGGUUGCCAUGGAUACCGUGUCCCUGGAGCAUCAGAUCCAGAGCGUUCAACGCCACAUCAGCUUCCUGAAAAAGGAGCAGAUGGCCCUGCUGCGAGACCUGCACCUGGAAAUACUGAGGCUGCAGAAACGCUGCUCAGAACUGACUCAUGACCUGGAGAUGAGAGAGGCCCAAUAUCACCAGCAAGAGGCGGCGUCCCGGGAGCUGGAGAACAAGUGCCGCGCGCUGGAGUCGCAGCUGGCUGCGCGGAGCGCGGCCAACGCCGAGCUGCGACGGGAGGUGGCUCAGCGCGAGGCGCUGGUAUCCGCGCUGCGCUGCAGCCUGCGCGCCGAGGAGCGGCGCUUCUUGGAGGAGCUUCGUCGCCGCAGCCACCGCGCCACCGUGCUGGGCACCGAGCUGCAGAAGCACACGGAGGCGGCUGCCUACCUCUCCUGCCAGCUGCACGCGGUGCGUCAGAGACUGCAGACUCCGCGCCCGGGCCCCGGCGCCGCCGCCGAGCCUCGGCCCCGCCGGCGCGCACAGCGGGCCCGCCGCCUGCCCGCCGACGCCUCCGCUAGGGUCCCGGGCCGGGACUGGGCUGCCUGGGACCGCGCGGCCGGCGCCCUGGCCGACGCAGACCCCAUGCCCGACCCCGCGCUCUUCCUCUGCGCCCGGAGGCGUCCGCCGCCGCCGCAGGAGCCUCCGGACCAAGCCAGCCCGCCCAGCGCGCCUGGGGACCCGGAGUAGGAGCGGGCCUGGCGGGGUGGGCCGCCCGGCUGGGGACGCAGCUCGGGCCGCGUAGGCAGGUUCCGGGGGCCGAGGGCGCCCGCCCUCCUCCGAGGAGCAGGCGGACGCGGCCCCGACUCCCCACCGCUUCCAACCGCCCCCGCCUUUUGUGUUUCCCAACGUUUCGGAAGCUUCGAGCUCCCCUCUCCCGUAAGGGAGCUCCUCUGCGGGGCUGCGCGCUGCGCCCUGUUUGUGAAGAGGACUUGCAGUUCCGGUCCUUAUCCGCCCCCUCCCCUGCCACUGGGAGGGGAGGGGGCGGGAGUCAGUCCCUGCCCCGGGAAGCCGACAAUCGUUCAGCGGGAAGGGGAAGGCUGGGCUGGCCUACGGAAGGAGCUCAGCGUGGCACUUAGCACCCCUAGGCCUUCCAGCUCCCCACUCUGACCUCCCCGAGCCCCGCACGGCAGCCCUUCCUUCCCCCAAGCCUUUAUCCGAGGGGCGGCUCGGGUUAGGGGCUAGAGGCUGGACCUUUUCCUCGGAAGCCGCGUCCCCUACCCUCACCCGGCUGAUAGGUCCUUACAGGUGAGCACCGAACACUUUAGAAGACAUCCCCUAUAGCCCCUGGUGGGGAAAGUGGCCUGAUGGAACUUAAGGAAUAUACACCCAUUGACCCUUAGAAAGGAUUACAAAAUGAGUUUGGUAGCAAAACCUUUGGUCUGGAGCUGUCUCCAGCUCAGUUCUUCCCCAGGUUGACCGUGGAGGUACAGACUGGGAGUGUGCUGGGAAAGUAAGGGCGAGCCGGGGUUGGCUACCCAGCCCUUCGGCUUCUGGAAGGGCAGAAACUGCCUUCCCCUUGAGGGAGCUGGGAACCCGUAGGCUUCCCUGGAAGCUUUCCUAGUCCUGUUCAUUGGUGCUAACUUUGCCCAGCUGCACCCGGAGGUGGAAAAGAGGUUCCACGGGUCUUGGAAGUGACGGUUAGAGGUUUGGGCUUGCUGGAGUGGGGAGAGGGGUAAGCACAGGUAGUCCCCAGCCUGGCCCACUCCAGAGAUACCCCCAAUCCCAUUAGACCUACGGUGAUGGGCACUCAGUAGCCUCUGAGUUGGGGAGUGGAGUUGGAGGAGGAACGCCCACCUCCGGCUUCCCAGCUCCCAUAAACCAAAGGCAGGAGGUGCAGCUCUUGAACAGCUGCUGGCCCCCACCCCCAGUCCAGCCUAGAAAGAAGACAAAAUGCCUAGAGGUCCCCAUCCCAUGCCCGUUGGUCCUGCAUUGAGUCCUAAGUGCCUGUGAGGUCUUCCAGGGGCUGUAGAGGGAGGACAUGGGGCAGGGAGAGGCCUUACCUCACUCACAGACACCCUACCCUGCAGAUCCUGCCCUGGCUGAGGCCCAGCAUCCUGGGGACUGGGAGGGGAGCAGAGUCAAUCUCCAGGGAUGAUGAACCCUUCUUCCAUCACACCCCCCAUGAUGAAGAGGGGAAAUCACCCAUCAUAUCCUCCUUCACUCUGUACGUUAGUGUGGGAAAUCGGCAAGAAGCAGAACCAGUGAGCGCACGCCCAGCCCACACAGCUCUGUGCCCUCCUGCUGCCCACACUCAGGCCUGCUGAGACCGCUGGGCAAUGACCAGGCUGGUCUGGGGAUCCAGCUCCUGGAACGCUGACAGCCAAGUCGUGGGCACCCUGGAGACAGACAGUGCUCUCCGGUCUGAUGUGGGCUGCACUGGUGGCCCCGGGGCCUUACUCUGCCUGCCUCCUCCUCUACCCGUCACCCCUCCAUCUUUGUGGCUGUGCCUCUGCCCUCUGUGUCACCAAGUGUGACUCGCUGUACCCCUCUCCUGUUGCCUCCCUUUCUGAAGUGUCCAUGUGAGGAGGCCUAUCUCCUCUCAUAGCUACACUCUCUUGAAGGGACCCAGAGGACUGUGGGGAGGAGGGGAAAGGGUGUCUUCUCAGAAGAGCCCACCCAGCCAUGCAGCUGCACUUUCACAGCCACACUUUUGGAGUGAACAGGGUGACUUUGGUAUGUUGAUUCUUCUGCAGAUAUGGUGAAGUACUUUGUCCACCCUCCCACCCACUAAAAGCCAUAGUUCUCCUACCUGUCCUCCCCCCAAAGCUCUAUAGCAAUAGCUCUCUUCUCCUCUCCCUCCUGGGUACUUGGGGUGUCCUGCUGGGGGCCCCCACUGCAGGGAGCUCCUGGUGGCCUGCCUGCUUCUCCCCAAGUGACCCCAUCAACACCUCCCAACUCCUGUCCCUCUUCCAUCAGCUGGAGAUAAUGACAAUUUGCCAGGUGCUUGAAGAACCCCCAGGUGAAAGGCUCGGCUGGGACUGCUGACCUGCUGUCAGCAGAGAUGUUGGAGUGCCUGGGAAAGGAAAUAAGGCACCCCUCCGUGCUCCACUCAGCAAGCUGGGGGAGGGCUGAGACACAUACAGGGGCCCAAUUUUAAAACAAAUUUCUCUCCUAGAAAUAAUGAUCUAGAGACUUUCCUCUACCUGCCUGCACCUGGGUUUGCAACAGAACCCUCAGUGCACCAGAAUGGGACUGGGAGUGAGUGGCCAUCCCUUGGUCUCAGGGCCCCCAAACUCCUCAGCCUUGGGACCUGGGAGAGACCCCGCCCUCACCUUCUGGCUCUCUUCUUUCCCUAGCCGCAGCAUCCAGCUGGCCAAAGGAAAGACCUUCUGGCACAAUCCCCUGGAUUGUCUGGGUGACUAAAAGGGACAGGAUUGUGUGUCUCCUCCCCUCUGUUCUGCAGCAGGAAUUUCCACUGUGGGAGGGGCAUGUUGGCACAGACACUCGGGCUUUAGUUGGAGCUCCAGCCACACCCCUGCUAUGGACAGCCCCAGGAAGGAGAGCUGUAGGUGGGAUCCCCUCCCUAUUCUGGAAGCCAGCUAGGGACCAGUGGGCAAUGCAGCAAAGGCUCUGCACCCCAGCCCCCAUAUCCCACCCCCCAGUGGCUUGCAGUUUGGGGAACCAUCCCAGGGUUGAAAUGGGUAGAUCUUCCCCAAACCUGUGGACAGGAAGGAGGCCAAGAGGGUGCGGAGCAGCAUCUCCUCAGCACAGACAGCUGGGGACCUCUAAGCACCCUUGCUGAAGUGCUAGCCUUGAGUGGGGGACACAGGGCUUCAGAACCACCUGGCCGAAGCCCCAGGGGCAGGGCAGAGGGAUCCUGCUCCAGAUUCUCUGUUGGCCGCGCUUUUCAAUCCAGUGCUUUUCAGAGUGUAUUCACUCACCCACAGAAAUAGAGCCUUGUGCUUUAGGGGUGACUGUCAUAUGCCUUAUUCUUAAUAAA